GGUCCUUCCAGGCUUGAGAACAACAUCUAGUGUAGUCGUGCAUGUAUGCAUAGAUAAAACUCCUUUCAACCUGCUUACUGUUACUAGUACACACGUUGACACUUUGGAAAAUAUUGGGCAAUUAUAAACAACAAGAUCCACCGAGAAGUAGUUGUAGUUCUGGUCUGCUUCGUCGAUCAACAGAAACAGUGAUUUUCUCCUAGAACAGGCGAGUCGCUACUAGUCACAGAUAUCAUUUGUGCCCUCGUAAUAUAAUUUCCUCCACAACUACAGUAUCAACUCCAAUUCAUACGUAUUAAACAUUUACAUCAUGGCGAUGCAACGUUUCUUUAGGGUAGAGCAGGUUGGCCUGCGCCGUCUCUGUGCGGUCACUUAUUUAACCUGUGCUGGUGUCUUGGAGAUGAGCACCAACCUGUCUGCAACAUCUUCUUCCCAGGCCGCGCCAGGUGAACAUUUAUUUGGUGACUCUAGUAUAAUGCCCUCUGCAGCCACCGUUGGCGGUCUUGUCUCCGUCUCCGCUACCAAACUCUCCCUUGCUAAAAAGGUGCAGAAGAAGCGGCGUCGUCGCGACAUUGGGCAACCCCUUCCCGCUGACAUGAUUCGGGGCGGGCGGCUUACGCCGGACCAGGAAGUCCUACUCUGGAUUCAGGAACAGCGGCUGCAGCAGCAACAGCAGCAGCAGGAGGCGCUUAUGCUCCAGCAGCAACAGCAAGAAAUGGAGCAACUUUUCCAGCAGCAGCAAAUCCAACGGCGCAACGUGGAAUGGACGCUGUUUCGCGCCAUGCUCGUCCAGUUUGACAUCUCGAAAAGCUUUCGCUUGCAACUGGCGGAGGCGUUUAACCCGCUGUUCAUCCGGGUUCAGCAAGACUGGGCGAAAAAUCAGGCGGAGCUCGUGCGUUUGCACGAGAAACUGCGGGACGCGCAGCAGGUCAAUGUUCUUGAUGCGCAGCAGGAUCAUUCGAAGUUACUCCCAGCCCGGGUGUUCAACCGUCUGAUUACUCUCGCCGAGCAGAAGGCCAGCAUUCUGAAGCAGCUGAUGGAGCAAUAUUCCUGGGUUCUGACCGCGAAGUACCCUACCCGCAAUCACCGAGACGACUUCUGGGCGACUUUUCCGACCGAAGGAGAUCACGUUUUCCACGACCCGAAGCGGUACUUGCGCACGCGGCACAAAUUGUUCGCGGGUCUGGCGUUGUCGAAGCAAUUAGCCGGUCAUGGUGUCAACGGACAGACAAUGAUCACGGCCGCAGGGAUCACCACUAUCGGGAACCACCAGAACCACCUUCUGCAGCACGGUGUGGAGGCAAGAGCGCACAACAUUCCGGAAUGGAUCGUGGAAAAGGCUGUUUCUAUAUGAGAGUGCACAACUCCCCCUCGUUCUCAUUUCUCAUGCAAAAUACCCAAUCCACGCUUUCCCUCCUGUCACUAUUUAUGCAUGACAAGUUCUGGCAGCCCAAAUAGCACUACACUCCUGUGCAAAUUUGUGAUGCAAAACCUGCAUUCUUGCUGACACUUGUAUUGCCGUUCAUGCUAUACAAAUGAGGGGAGGGGGAGUUGUGCACCGUUAUAUUCUAAUUUCGACUCCUGGAAAAAGAAAAUCGAACAAUUGUCCUACGAGGAUUUGAUGCGUGUGGAGUUUUUGAAGUACGAACUAGCGAAAACGUUGAAGAAGCUUGGGGCGCUGCAAGGUCGUGAUUCGUCUACUGUCGGCCAGCAUGACAAAUUGGUGACUCGCCUGCAGACCCUCCUCCGCUUUGACAUUCCUGGGACGACUGGAGGUCCUACUCAGGAGGUACAGAUGACUACAGCAGCCCGAGGCAGUGCGACCUCUCUUGUCGGUGACGAAAACGAACGAGAUCUUGUUGAUGCUGCGCCGCGCAACGGGGCUUCUGGUAGUACCGCCACGUCGUCCCACUUCCACAUGGACGCUGCCACAGAAGUCGAGGAACAGCAGGAGAACACUCAUCAUAACGCCGCCGCUUCUAGUACUCCUAAAGCGGCCCCCCGUAGAAGGAGCCGGUCAUCCCCUACUUCUCACUCUCUUUCCCCCAAGUCCCGCGCGAUCCGCCGGGCGCAGCAGAUGCGCAAGGAAUUUUACGCGUUCCGGGAAGCGCAGGUAGUUGAUUACAAUUUCAUAGCGCUGCCGGCAAACGCGGUGGGAGAGGAGUUGGCGCUGAGGCACUUUCUGUUUUCGAAAAACGGACUAGACAACGUGGAGUUUGAGUGAAGAUAUUGGUCGCAAACACAAGAAGUCUUUAGGAGAACUGCAACAGGCGUCUGUGAUAGAGGAAAUAUUUCAUGUCUUCUUCAGACUACGUGUGGAAACAUGUUCUGUACACACGCACCCAUGUUCGUGGUGCAUCUAAUCCUGCAUACAAAUAAAGAAGAUCAAACCAUGAAUCAUGCAUAGUACACAUACUAGUUUUCUCGCUACAUGUAGUGCGCACUAAUUGAAGUAAAAAAGCCUGAGGAUUUUUUUUUGAAGCAAGACGCACGUAUUUUGAAGGACAGUCCUUAUAGGUACAUACCUUUAGCAAGGUUUUGUUUGGCUUAGAAGCUUUCAUGCACAUCACAAACACAAUAGUUAUAAUCCCUAACCAAUUAAAAACCGUUUUUCGUGGCGUUAGGUCGCAGAAUUAACAUCAUCCUUUGCAAAGAAUUAAGUAAAGAAUAUGCUUCCUGAUCCUACUUUGCACGGUUUUGACGCUUCAUAGCCUCGAGUACCUACCACAGUAGUACUUUUGGACAUGUUAAGAAAUCCAGGAUAACGGUCAUGUUUUUUUCGCUUUAGGCAUCAUCAAUUGCAUACGUGCGAUUGCGCAUGAUAAGUGGAAUGAAAAA